AACUCAUCUCCACUCUUCCCCUGCGCGCAACCAACAGGCGCGUCUUUGGGUUCGCUUUUUUGUUCGGAGGGGGAGUCGGCUUGUAUCAAACCAUACAAUUCUCAUUUCAACAGCAUUUUGCAGAGGAUGAAUUGCCCAAUGUAAGGAUUUCAACCAUUUAUGCUUCGUACUUUUAACUCUUCAAUGUCACGUAAUUCAUUGUUUAACCUCAUUCAUUGUGGCUCAUGCAUUCUUUAUUACGAUGUAUCUGUCGCUCUCUCUCUAACGGUCUACAGCUUUUCCAUGGAUGUCCACAAAACUUGAUGUAGUUGCACUGUACUUUUGAAAGUAUGUCUCAUGUUUUGCUGCAACGGAUCAGAAAUAAUGAUAUUGGGAUAAACACUGUAUGCAAUCGUAUAUUUACCCACAGCUGCCCAAUCUCCAAUAUAGCAUCCCCACAAACCACGGCUCUGACCUGACGUUUGCCACAGACUUAACGUUUACCUUAUACCAGUACAAGACCUGUCCAUACUGCAGCAAAGUGCGGGCAUUCCUCGACUACUAUGGUUUUCCAUAUAAGGUUGUGGAAGUCAACCCUGUCAUGCACACGGAGAUCAAAUGGUCAUCGGAGUACCAAACGGUGCCCAUUCUUAUGGUGGAGGGGAAAGAAAUUGUGCAACUGAACAACUCAUCUGUCAUUAUCAGUGCAAUGAAGACGUGCAUGAUUGACAAAGAAAGAACGAUGUCAGAGGUUGUAAAGUACUUUCCGAGACUCCCGUCUACCAAUGCCUGGGGGAAUGAAGUUCUGGAGUACACUAACAAAUACUGGGUGAUGUUGAAUGAGAUUAAGAUCACUGAGGUGUACGCAUCUAAAAAUGCCAGAAAGGAGGAGGUACGAUGGCGUCAGUGGGCCGAUGACUGGCUAGUGAACCGGAUAAAGCCUAAUGUGUACAGGACUCCCGCUGAGGCCUUAGCCACCUAUGACCACAUAGUGCGUGAGGGCAACUUUGGUUCUGUUCCUUUUGCCAAGUAUGGAGGGGCCUUCUAUAUGUUCUGGGCCUCCAAGGUCCUGAAAAUCUGGUACAAGUUACAGGACGAUGUAAGGGAAGAUUUGUACAUGGCUGUGAAUGAGUGGAUAACAGCUAUUGGGAGGAAGAGGAAAUUCAUGGGUGGUGACAAACCCAACCUCGCUGAUCUGGCGGUGUAUGGAGUCCUCCGAUCCAUGGAGGACCUGGAGGCCUUUUACGACAUGAUGGAAAACACCAAGGUGAAGAAGUGGUAUCUGGCCACAGAGAAACAAGUGAAGGAGCAAGGUGGUCGGAACCUAUGAAAACCACUGCAGAACUAUCAUGACAUAACUGAGUUCUAGGUUGCUGAUUCAGGCUACCACUGCACAUAGAACAUCUGGAUGCAAAGGUUCUCUACCAGUCAGCACACUUUCAUAACAUGUUACAGGUGACGGUUUUAUAUGUGAAUGAACAGACAGUCUACCAUGUUUCAUGUUCUCUGUACAAUCAAAGCCUCUUUCAAAUAUCUUUAUGGAUACAGUCUUAGUUUCCCAGAGAAAAGGUAGCUCAAUAGUCAUUUUAUGUAUGUAUUAAAAUAAAUGUGUGUAAAUAUAUGACUAUUUAACAGUUAAUGUAUUGCAGUAAUAGACUGUUAUUCACUCUUUGUGAAUCUGUGAAGUAGACCACUAAGCAUGUUUAAUUAUUUUAUCCGUAUGCAUACCUGCAAUUUCACUCGUUUUAUUUGCUGGUGUUGUAUUACCCUGGCACUUCGUUGGUCAAGCUGUGUCAUAGGCCAGAUAUUUUAUACACACAGUCGUGGCCAAAAGUUUUGAGAAUGACACAAAUAUUAAUUUCCACAAAGUUUGCUGCUUCAGUGUCUUUAGAUAUUUUUGUCA